AUAUGCCCUACAAUCCCAUCACUCCAUGUAUCCCAUCCCCAAGAGCUUUGCUAUACCCUAGGACUAUAGUCUUCUCUUCCGAUCCAUCCAUUACUUUCAAAUUUUCUUCUUAGAUCAAACAAAACAAUGUCCGGUGUUUGGGUUUUCAAGAAUGGUGUGGUUCGCUUGGUUGAGAAUCCAGCGGCUGAGUCAUUAGACGGAGGCCGACAGAGUUCGAACACUCGACGCAAAGUGCUUGUGCACACUCCUUCUAAUGAAGUGAUCACUUCUUAUGCAGUUCUCGAACAUAAGCUAUGGUCUCUUGGGUGGGAACGAUAUUACGAGGACCCUAGUCUUCUUCAAUUCCAUAAGCGAUCAACUGUCCAUUUGAUCUCUCUCCCAAAAGAUUUUAAUAAGUUCAAGUCGAUUCACAUGUACGACAUCGUCGUUAAAAACCGCAACGUGUUUGAAGUUAGGGAUGUGUAGUUGUAUAGUUUAGAGGAGCUAAUUUGGACGUCUUGGUGAUUUCUUCUUCUUCUUCUUCUUCCUUUUUUUUUUUUUUUUUGUAUGUGAUGAUGGAUUUAUUUUAAUAUUUUGAGAUAUGGGUAUUUGUUUGUAAAAUGGCUUUUAUAUAUACGUGUGGAGGGGGG